GUUCGGCCGGGAUGGGCCGGGGAGCCGGCGCGGGGCUUGGCCGGGCUGGAGGCCUGAGCGGGGCUGAGCAGCCGGAGCCGCCUCUGAGCCAGCGGGAGCUGCGGGGAGCUGCCCCUCAGGAAGGCGGGUUGGCGCAUCCGGAGCUGGGCAUCCUUCAGCGGUGAAAAUCUGAGCUCGGGCAGAGGGGCAGCGCCUCAGCUGUGUAAUCCGAGAGCCGUACCCGGCGUCGUCCUCCUGCCACGGCCUCGGCAGUAUGACUGCAAUGACUGUAUUUUUUCCUUUGGAUACAGCUAGGCUUAGACUUCAGGUUGAUGAGAAGCGGAAAUCAAAGACAACACCGGCUGUCCUUUUGGAAAUAAUCAAAGAGGAAGGCCUGUUGGCACCAUAUCGAGGAUGGUUCCCUGUUAUCUCCAGCCUUUGCUGCUCCAAUUUUGUUUAUUUUUAUACAUUUAAUAGUCUUAAAACCCUCUGGGUCAAAGGUCAGCAUUCAACCACUGGAAAAGACUUGGUUCUUGGGGUUGUUGCAGGAGUAGUGAAUGUACUCUUGACCACGCCUCUCUGGGUAGUGAACACACGCCUGAAGCUCCAGGGAGCAAAAUUCAGAAAUGAAGACAUUGUACCAACCAAUUACAGAGGCAUAAUAGAUGCCUUUCAUCAAAUAGUACGAGAUGAAGGAGUCUUAGCUCUGUGGAAUGGUACUUUCCCCUCCUUGCUGCUGGUCUUCAAUCCUGCCAUACAGUUUAUGUUUUAUGAAGGCUUUAAACGAAAGCUUUUGAAAAAGCAGCUGCAACUCACAUCUUUGGAUGCUUUUGUUAUUGGUGCAAUAGCCAAAGCAGUUGCCACCACCCUCACUUAUCCUCUGCAGACAGUUCAGUCAAUUCUGCGGUUCGGACGCCACAGGUUGAACCCAGAGAACCGAACACUGGGCAGUCUUAGAAAUGUUCUUUACCUUCUUCAACAGAGAGUGAGGCGUUUCGGAUUAGUGGGACUCUACAAAGGCCUUGAAGCAAAGCUCCUGCAGACAGUCCUUACUGCUGCUCUUAUGUUUCUAGUGUAUGAGAAACUGACUGCAGCAACCUUCACAGUCAUGGGAUUAAAGCACUCGCGCAGACAUUGAAAAAGAACCUAUGCCAAAGAUUCUGGGGUAGAAAACACAUUCCAUAUCUGACACCUGGCUGGGUAAACAAAGGGUCUUCACUUUCUCUGCUUCUCUUUUUAGCCACCUUUAUCUCCAGUAUUUGGAGAAAUCUGGAAUAUGCUCUAUAGGACCUGAUGUCAAAAAUUCAGGGAUAGCCCAUUCCCUAUUGUUCUGUGUACUCACAGUGUUAAGAAAAAAAACAGAGACCUUAUUUAAGCACUUGACGUGAAUUUAAACUAUUAUGUGAUUUGGUUAUUUGGUUGAUAUUCUUGGCAAGAAUGAUUAUCUCUCACUAUGCUUUCUUCUUUGCCCUCAAAUUGUCCUCAGCUAUUCUUGUAUCUUUAUCUUCUGUCAGCAGCUGGUGGGGCUGGUUUUGUGUUUUUUUCCUUGAACUGUGUUUGUCACUUCAUAUUCAGUUAAUUAAAAUAAUUCAUAAAGAAUAACA